CGGGCUGGGGGUCCCCCUCCGCCGGGGGGGCCCCCCGUCGCCGCGGACGAUGAGUGGGACGAUAUGGACGACUUCGACCUGUCGGGCAUCGAGAAGAGAUUCUCCAAACCAGCCGUUUUGUCCCCCAAAGGCCAGAGGGCCGCCUGCAAGGCUCCCCGGAGACCGAGCUCCCGUAUCGAUAAGCUGUCCGAGACCGUGAAUGGCGACGCAGCGUCCCCAAAACCUGGCGCUUGGGAGCCUAAAGGAACGCCUCCCGCUGAGGAAGAGCAGCACUCAUCCCAAGGGUCUGUCAUCUGUCUUGGGGACUCGGUCCACUGUGGCGGCGACAAGAUUGUGGGCGAGGAUCUUCGGGAGAAUUUAACAACUGACGUGACUUUGGAUGAUGAGAGGGAAGAGGCUCGCACAGCUACCACUGAUAAAAGUGGUGGAAGCCAGAAGCUAAGCAACAGUGAGAAAAACAGCCAACCAGAGACGGAUGAGAUCAGCAACGAGCUGUUAGCAAACAUUGAGUUUGAAGAGGAUGAUUACUUAGAUGUAGUUCCACCUUCCCCUGAAGAAGAGCUGCCUUCCUUCUCACCAUCUGUAAAAAGCAUUAGUAAUAUUUUCAAAGAAUCUCCUACUGGUGGAAGAUCAACAGCAAAUGGCAUUGAGUCUAAGCCUGAGAAGAUUACAGCAAAACAGCCUGUUGCUGAAAGUGAUUCUAGGGCAGAGGAUGCAGGUGAAGGCCCGCAUUUGGAACAGGAACUUUACAGCGUCAUGGAUGAUAUUUGUAAGCUGGUAGAUGCCAUUCCUAUUCAUGAGCUUAAGUCUCUGUCGUGUGCAAAAGAACUACUUCAGCACAGGGAUCUCCGGAGAAAAUUGUUAGCUAGUUCUGUCACUUUGAACACAAGAAGCACAAGCAACAUUUUUCCUAGAAAUGGGAAGGCAUGUGUGCAACAAGACUCUUCUGUGCGUUCUGGUACUUCUUUGUGUUCUGGCCCUAAUAGGAGUUUUGUCAGAAACUCACCAAAAUCUACAAAUCUUUCAUCUACGCUUUCUGGGACUGUUAACUUAAGCAAUUUUUCUACAGAAAAUAAUCAAACACUUGAUGUCUUGGAUACCUCUUAUGUUUCGAAGCAAACAGUUCAGGAGGUCAUCUGCCUAGAAACUGCAGAACUUUCUUCUUCUGAGGUGAACAGCAAAGACAGAACUUCUCUCAGCCAUCCUUCGGAGAUGUCUUUCAACAACAGCUGGUGUGAAAACACAGUGGUGAGAAACGGUGAACGCUGGCAUCUUCCGGAGAGGCCCAUUACGAGCACUGCUCUGAAAGUUCUGAGCAAAGCCCCUGCUGGCACUCCUGCAUCAGACUGUUUAGAUGUAAACGAUACAGACUUUGAUCUCGAUAAUUUUGAUAUUGAUGAUUUUGAUGAGGGCUGGGAGAAUUCAGUGACUGUUUCGGCACCUGAAACACCAUUUGCGCCAUUGUAUCAGCCGGUCAGGGAAGGGCCACCUGCCAAAUCCCUGCUCUCAAAGAUCAUCUCAGCAGCCAAAGGAUCUCCUCCUGUAUCAAAUCCUGUUGCUCCAAAAUCAAGCUUCUUGACGGCAACAAAGAACCAAACAGAGCCACUGGUUAAUAACCCCGCGCUAGAACGUUUCAGGGGUAUGAAAUUUUCCCACUCUGAAGAAAUGAUGACUAUAUUUCACAGAAAGUUUGGUUUGCACACUUUCCGGACGAAUCAACUGGAGGCCAUCAAUGCUGCUCUUCUGGGAGAAGAUUGUUUCAUCUUAAUGCCCACUGGUGGUGGUAAAAGUUUGUGCUACCAAUUACCUGCUUGUGUCUCUGCUGGAGUCACUAUUGUCAUUUCUCCGCUGAGAUCACUGAUAAUAGAUCAAGUUCAGAAGCUGAAUACUUUAGAUAUUGCUGCAACAUACCUGACUGGUGAUAGAACAGAUACUGAUGCUUCGAACAUAUAUAUGCAAUUGUCAAAAAAAGAUCCUAUAAUAAAACUUCUGUAUGUUACCCCUGAGAAGGUCUGUGCAAGCAACCGACUGAUGUCAGCCCUGGAAAAUCUUUACAACCGGAAACUCCUAGCACGUUUUGUCAUUGAUGAGGCCCACUGUGUUAGCCAGUGGGGUCAUGAUUUUCGAAAAGACUACAAACGACUGAACAUGCUCCGCAAGAAGUUUCGCUCUGUUCCUAUGAUGGCUCUUACUGCCACUGCUAACCCAAGAGUACAAAAGGAUAUUCAGAAUCAGCUUGAGAUGCUAAGACCACAAGUGUUUACGAUGAGCUUCAACAGGCAUAACUUGAAAUAUGAUGUAUUGCCCAAGAAGCCAAAGAGGGUGGCAAUGGAUUGCUUGGAAUGGAUUAAAAAAUAUCAUCCACAUGACUCUGGAAUAAUUUACUGCCUUUCACGUCACGAAUGUGACACAACUGCAGCCAUUCUGCAGAAGGAAGGUCUUUCUGCGCUUGCCUAUCAUGCUGGCCUCCCUGACUCCAACAGAGAUCUUGUGCAAAAGAAGUGGAUUAAUCAAGAAGGAUGUCAGGUUAUAUGUGCAACAAUUGCCUUUGGAAUGGGAAUAGAUAAACCUGAUGUACGAUAUGUUAUCCAUGCUUCCCUUCCUAAAUCUGUAGAAGGUUACUAUCAGGAGUCUGGCAGGGCCGGACGAGAUGGUGAAAUGUCUCACUGUCUGCUCUUCUACAGCUACAGUGAUGUAACCAGACUUAGAAGGCUAAUACUAAUGGAGAAAGACGGAAACAUUCACACGAGAGAAACCCACUUUAACAACCUGUACAGUAUGGUUCAUUACUGUGAGAACGUAGUUGAUUGCCGGAGAAUUCAGCUUUUGGCCUACUUCGGGGAAACUAAUUUUAAUCCUAACUUUUGUAAAGAUCACCCAGAAGUAAUUUGUGAUAACUGCAGUAGAAAGAAGGAUUACAAAUCAAGAAAUGUGACCGAUGAAGUGAAAAACAUUAUAAGAUUUGUACAGCAACAUUGUGGACAGAUGAGAGGAAUAAAUGCAAGGAGAAAUGCAGGUUCUGGAAGAUACACAUUGAAUAUGAUGGUAGACAUUUUCUUAGGUGCAAAGAGUGCAAAGAUUCAGUCUGGAAUAUUUGGGAAGGGGGCUGCCUACUCAAGGCAUAAUGUUGAAAGACUAUUUAGAAAACUGGUAUUGGACAAGAUUCUGGAUGAAGACUUGUAUAUUACAGCUAAUGACCAAGCUGUAGCUUAUGUAAUUCUAGGAGAGCGAGCACAGGCUGUGUUAAAUGGAUCACUACAGGUGGAAUUUCAUGAAACUGAAAGUGCCAGUGCCAUUAGAAAACAAAGGGCCUCUGUGACAAAAAUGUCACAGCGGGAAGAGAUGGUUAAAAAGUGCCUCAGUGAACUUACAGAUAUGUGCAAAACUCUUGGGAAGGUCUUUGAUGUGCAUUACUUCAAUAUUUUCAGUACUUCAACUCUAAAGAAAAUAGCAGAAACCUUGUCUUCUGAUGUGGAGGUUUUGCUGCAGAUAGAUGGAGUCACAGAAGAUAAACUGGAAAAAUAUGGCGCAGAAAUAAUUAAAGUGAUGGAUAAGUACUCUGAAUGGACCAUACCAGAUGCUGCCUGCCAAAGUGUGGACACAGCUGCGGGGAGUACUGGCGCACCUGAGAGUGAAGAAGAAGCAGGAGAUGGAGUUACAACCUCAAGCUAUUUUUGCAAUAAUGCAAACCAAAGAAGGAAAAGGAAAAGGCCGCCAAACUUCAGAGAAUCCAAGAAGAAAAAGACAAGCAGUGCUGGUAGCCAGCAGUUUCAUCCCAAAGGUGGUUACAGCAAGUACCGAAGGACCAAAAGGCCAUCCAACUCUAAGACUCCACCUUCAUCUGGCUACAGCUCAGCAUCUUACGGUGCCACACAAGGAACUGUUGGAAAGCUGGGGAUUAUGGCACCACCGAAGCCGAAAAACAGGCAAUUCCUUCAGCCUUCAUAUUCGAUAUUGUAACUAGGAAAAUGUAAAUACUGUAUAAAAGCAUGCCAUGAAGC